UGUUUGGACGGCACGCGGCCUGCGCUUCCACGAGACACCUUAUUCACGACACAGCCGACGGCCAAACUCACGCGGUCAGACCGGAACAGACUCGCUAAACUAUAAUCACAAUAUUGUUAUAUUAUUAUUAAAGCAAUAAAGUAACGUGGACGGAACCGAAAAGACCAGGAGAAAGAUGACAAUGGACGUCAAAGCCAGUCAAGUAGCAGCCAGCACAGCUACCAAGUCGAGUGCCAACGUUGGCGCUUCCGCAUCGACAGGAGGCCAAGAGUGUGCCGGAUGCGGAAAACACAUAACCGAUAGAUUUCUGUUAAAGGCACUGGACUUGUUUUGGCAUGAAGACUGUUUGAUGUGUGGUUGUUGUGGGUGUCGGCUGGGUGAAGUCGGAUCGACGUUGUACACCAAGGCGAAUAUGAUAUUGUGCAAAAAGGAUUACUUCAGGAUGUUUGGCAAUAAGGGCAUGUGUGCGGCUUGCUUCAAGGACAUACCKGCGUUCGAAAUGGUCAUGAGGGCCCGUAGCAACGUAUACCACUUGGAGUGUUUCGCGUGCCAACAGUGCAAUCACAGGUAA